GCGGCUGCUGAAGCUAAGCGUCUUGAAGAGGAAGCAGCACGUGAACAAGCUGAAUAUGAACGUUUAAAACAAGAAUUCAGUAUUGAAGAUGAAGGAGUCGAUGCUGCACAACAAGAUAAUCAGGCAGAGGCUUUGAUAAACUCACAACUUAUUGCAGCUAUUGAAGAGGCGAAAAUCAUUCCAAUAGAACAUUUGGCAGUUAAUUUAGGCCUUAAAACUGAGGUUUGUGUAGAAAAAAUCAAAUCAUUAAUGUCAUCUGGUCGUCUAAGCGGUGUAUUGGAUGAUCGUGGCAAAUUUGUGCAUAUUACAAAUGAUGAAUACGAAGCUGUUGCUGAAUUCAUUGAGAAACGUGGUCGUAUCACACUAGCAGAGUUAGUCGAAAAUGGACAUAAAUUAAUUCAUACAGGACCGCAUAGUUUAAGAGAAUAAUUCGUUUACUUCUUCUUCUUCUUUUAACAACUUGAUUAAUAUGGUUUUUUCACGGUGUCUUCUCUGACUAACUUUGGUUUUUACUUCGUGUACAGUUGUUGUCUUCUGUGAUUUAUUUUCUUUGUCUUCUUUUUUUUAUUGAUGAGUUUAUAUUCCUCAUUUUCUUUAUGUGGAAAGAGUUCCUAUCCUAUCCUGUCCUUAAAUGAUUUCUGAUGGCUAUUAGUCUCUCCCUCUGUUUUGUCUCAUAAGAAUAUUAAUAAUAGACCCCCAUAAUUGGUUUGUUCUGAUGA